AUGCGGGAGAGAGGAGUAAAGAGCAGGUUCCUCCUGUCGAAGGACACGAAGAUCAUCAUCAGCGACGUGGACGGAACGAUCACGCGCGAGGACGUGAUGGGGCAUGUGAUGUACGCGAUCCAUCAGGACUACACGCAGAGCGGAAUCGUCCGCAUGUACAACCGACUGAGCGACAACGGAUAUUUGAUUCUGUAUCUCACCGCGCGCGCUGUCGGACAGAUGAAAGACACGCGGAAUUAUCUGGAAGGGAUCGUGCAGGAGGGAAAGCAUAUGCCGCGGGGACCGAUUAUCUGCUCUCCGAAUCGCACAUUCGCUAGUUUAAUUCGCGAGGUGGUGCGGCGAAAGCCGCAGGAGUUCAAAAUUCCGGUGCUGUUGUCGAUCGCCGAUACGUUUGCGCCUGAGAACCCGUUCGUUGGAGGGUUCGGCAAUCGACCGACGGAUGCACAGAGCUACAUUAGAGCUGGCGUGGACAAAUCGAAGAUUUUCAUUAUCAAUACGAAGGGAGAAAUUAGGUAUGAAGCGAAGGAUGGCGAGCAUUGCACGGACUUUAUUCGUUUGGAAGAGAUGUGUGAUCAGUUCUUCCCGAAUUUGUUUUCUUUGCAGCGACAGGACGCAGUCGAGGACGAGUCGAAAGAUGCUAUUUCGUGUGUUUGUUACAAACAGGCCAUUUCUUUAAACACUGCUCGAUCACAGGAUUUACAUCUACAUGUAACGCAAAACAAUAGCUUUGGUACUUUCAAUGAACAAUUGACGACAUUUUUUGAACCCUUCCGGGAGAUUAAACAGAGUACAAUUGGGAAUAUCUAA